AACACCUCGCGUGCGACAACAAUAAACAAUGAUGAUAUUAAUAAUAAAUGAAUUGACCAGACACUUGAGUCGCGUUCAUCGCGAUCAAUGCCGACAGUUAGGGUCUAGUUCAGUUUUGCUGAAACAUCCGGGAAAGCACAAUUGAAUUUGUGUUCUAAGAAUUCAUAAACUAAAUACUGUGAGAAAAUUAAUUCUCGAAUUAACGUAGAAGUGAAUUUUUUAAUAACUUUUCAAAAUGAUUGGGAAAUCGAGUGAUCAAAAAAUUUCUCCUGAACAUUCGUUGAAAUUACGUUCGAGUCAGUUGGGGCGAGCCCUGAAGAAACAAGCGAUUGAAUUUUGCAUGGAAACUGGGCUCCAUGGGUACAAGUACAUGGUUGAGGAGAAGCGAUCGAAGACCGAACGAAUUAUCUGGGGCAUAACAGUAUUCAGUGCGUUGUCCUGCGCUGCUUUCCUGAUGCACACCGCCUGGGUCUACAACUCAUCCCGAGCGACGUUGACGGUCAUCGAGUCGACGCAUAGAGGAAUCUGGAAUUACCCGUUUCCAGCUAUAACUAUUUGCAAUCUUAAUCGAAUGUCCCUUGCUAAGACUACAGAAUUCGUGAGAGGCUUGGCAUUACCGGGGACCCUGAGUCCAGAAUACAUCAUAAAAGAGAUGCAACUGCUGCUAGAACUUCUAGAUCCCGGAGUUUUCGGGGGAAAUUUAAGAAAAAAUUUCACAAUUUUGCAGGAAAUUUUCGAUGAUAAUAAUUAUUCGAUUCCCUCUGUAGUCAAAGCGGUUUCGCAAAACUGCUCGGAGUUGAUUCUCCAAUGCAAGUGGAAGGGGAUUCCCACCGCUUGCUGGAAAUUAUUCCGGGAGACGUUGUCCCGAGACGGUAUCUGUUGCAGUUUCAAUUAUAUUGCAACGAGACCGCAGAAGAAAAAGAAAUUUCCGAAGAGAAUUACUGCCUGUGGGUAUCAGACAGGAUUGACUCUUCUCCUCAAUCCCGAGCCGGCGGAUUAUUUCGCGACGAUAUUGGGCGCUUAUGGUUCAAAAAUUAUCAUGCACUAUCCCUACGACUAUCCGGACUGGAACGCAGAGAGUAAGAUAAUAGCCUCCGGGUACCAAGUGUUCCUGAGCAUUUCCCCGGAGGAGACGCACACGACUCCCGACGUGAGGAAGCUGGCGCUCAAGACUAGGAACUGUAUGUUCAGCGACGAAGGGGAUGCGAAAUAUAGAACUAUAGAAAAUACAAGCAAUCUAACUUAUUCCUCGUAUACGUACACAAAUUGUGUUGGCGAGUGUCGAGCUACGAUAAUCAAAGCGUUGUGCAACUGUAUUCCGUAUUAUUACCCCCAAAAUGAAACUCGAGUUUGUAAUUUGAGGGAUGUGCAAUGUCUCAAUUAUAAUAAACGUCGCUUCGAGUCAUCAUUUCCGGGUACUCGUCUGUCCAGUAGCCUCGUAACAAAGUUCGCGUCCUUUGACGAUUCUGACCUGCCAUGUGGCUGUCAACCUGACUGCCUGUUGUAUCGGUAUCCCGUGGAGGAAUCUUCCGGGGCACUUAACAUAUCAAAGUCCUACAACCAGAGGGACCUUUUUCGGGGCCUGGAUGUCAACAAUCAGAGCCUUGUCCACAUAUUCUUCAGCGAUCUGGUAUCGAUUCAAUAUCGAAGGAACGUCGCGUACGAUUGGCGGAAUUUAUUCGCCUCGUUCGGAGGACUUCUAGGACUAUUCGCAGGCUUCAGUCUCAUGUCGGGAUUUGAAAUAAUAUAUUUUUUCAUAGUUCGGCUCAUCACAGACACUUACGUGCGGAAGAAACGGAAAUUCUCUCGUUAAAUUUCCGCUGUCAUUAGCGUUGUACCCUCAUCUUGUAUUAUUGUUAUGUAACAUCGACCUCAAGAUGACACCAUUCAUUAUCACACUAAUGUAAAUGUAGUUCCAAUUAUGAGUUUACGCCACCGCAAAUUAUCCCAGGAUUUAUAUUUAAAAGCUGUGAAUAUGUUCAGAUGAUUAUUAUGAAUAAAUAAAUAGUGAUGAUCGUGCAGAGAUAUUUCAGUGUUUUUCUUUGUGGUUCGUAUCUUAACUGCAUCUUUGCAG